CUUGUUCUGAAUCUUUCAAUUCCCAUCAAACAAACUAAACAGCUUAAUAUUGGAGGGCCAUUUUUCUUGUCAUGUUGUUCAAUAAACCAACAUAAUUUCUUAGUCAUGGGUUCUUCCAAAAGAUGGGCAACCACCAUUUCUCGCACUGCCUCUUCGUUAUAUUUUGUUCUCAUUUUCUUCCAAAUUCCUCUUUUCAGAGUGGGAUGCAGAGGGACAUUAUGCACAACACCACUGGAAUUGACAUGUUCUCAGUUGUUAGCAAGCGAGGCGUUUCCCGUUUAUGUUGUGAAAUCAAUUCUAUAUCCUGGAGCCAUUGCAAAAGCCAUCUUUAAGAACAAACCCAUUCCACCAUUUAAUAGCUUGCCAAAGCUAUACAAGUUUAUCCAUGUAAAACCAACAGCUUCUCCUCUCACCUCGGAUCUCCAUCGCCUAGAGGUUAUUGCAGGAAGUUAUUUGGCAGUAGGAGGAGGUAUGAUGGGAAUGGUUAGAGCAGGGGGUGGGAGAAUGAGUCUGUUUGGUUGCCUUAUUGCAAUGUGGGGAAUUGUUUGGAGGAAAUCUUCAUAUUUAAAUCCCAAUAAGGAAAUAAGCCAAAUCUAUCCAACCAUGUUUCUUGCUCUGCUUUUGGCUUUCAUGUCUGUUAGGAAGGAUGUGAGGAGAAUAGUACGUACCCUCAAACCUCAAUCCAAUCCUUUGUCUUCAUCCAACAAAACCAAACGCAAAUGA